AUGGCCGAAUCAGACAUUGAGAAGAGCGCGGCUCCCUCCGGCUCAGUGCCGUCAAGCGAAAUGAACAAAAUGUAUGGUGAAAAGGACGAUUCUCAAUCACAACUUUCCUCCUCUACCUUGAGGAGGGAGGUGUCCUUUCCGGCCGAUACGACAGACAUUGAGGCUCAGGAACCGGAGCCGGCCAUGAUACCCACAGCAAACGGCACGCCACCCAAGGACCCCUACGAGGUGGGAUGGGAUGAUGGCGACAACGACCCGAUGAACCCUCGAAGCAUGACAAAGGCGCGGAAGUGGUUCAUUGUAUUUAUUACCUCUUUUGGAUGCUUUGCCGUUACAAACGCGAGUUCUAUUUACACGGCAACCUACACGCAAAUGAAUGCCGAGUUCGGUAGCUCGAGAAUUGUCGCCACGCUGGGUCUGUCGACCUUCGUCCUAGGCAUCGCCUUCGGCCCCAUGUGGAGUCCGCUCAGCGAGUUCUUUGGGCGACGGCCAAUUUAUCUCGUCUCGUUCGCGUUGUUUGUCAUAUGGCUGAUCCCGUCCGCGGUGGCUCAGAACAUCGAAACUAUGCUCAUUGCGCGCUUCUUCCAGGGGUUUACAGGAAGCGCGUUCUUGUCCGUUGCUGGCGGCACAGUUGGCGAUCUCUUUAACCCACACGAGAUGCAAGCAGCGAUGUCUGUCUUCACCAUGGCUCCCUUCGCGGGACCUUCGAUGGGCCCCUUGAUUGGCGGCUUCGUCAAUUAUCAUGUCAACUGGCGGUGGACGCACUACAUUCUCAUCAUAUGGGGGUUCCUACUUUUCUUGGGGCUGUUCUUUUUUGUGCCAGAGACGUAUCACCCCGUGCUGUUGCGCAACAAGGCUAGAAAGCUGAGGCACGAUACGGGCGACGACCGGUGGAAGGCCCCCAUUGAGAAAUCGCACAAGUCUAUCGCCAGGACAGUCGGCCUCGCAACAUUGCGGCCAUUCCAACUUCUCAUUUGGGAGCCGAUAUGCGUGUGCCUCGACGUGUACUCAGCCGUCCUCCUCGGUAUUCUUUACCUGUUCUUCGGAGCCUUCCCCUUGGUCUUCCAGUCGAACCAUGGGUUCAACCUGUGGCAAAUCGGGCUGACCUUCCUGGGAUUGCUCGUGGGCAUGAUGCUUGCUACCCUUACGUUCCCUCUUUGGAAUCGUAUCCGUCAGCGGCUUAUCGAGAAGAGAGAGCAGGAGACGGGGGUCAAGGGUGCGACCGAGCCAGAGUACCGUCUACCAUCCGUCAUGUUCGGAGCCCUUCUCGUCCCUAUCGGGCUCUUCUGGUUCGGCUGGACAACAUAUGCCAGUGUUCACUGGAUCCUUCCCAUCAUUGGAGCAGGCAUAUUUGCUGCUGGGACGAUCCUCGCCUUCAGCGGCAUCUUCACUUUCUUUGUCGACACCUACCAGCUCUAUGCAGCCAGUGCGCUGGCGGCCAAUGCCUUCGUGCGCUGCAUCUUUGCGGCUGCAUUUCCACUGUUCGGUCUUCAGAUGUAUGAGAAACUUGGAUACCAAUGGGCCACGUCUCUCUUGGCGUUCCUGGCUGUGGCCAUGCUGCCGUUCCCGUUCAUCUUUUUCAAGUAUGGGAAAAGGAUACGAGCUCACAGCCGCUUUGCGACGAAAGCUUGA